UUCGCUGAGAUGGUAAAAAUCAUCAGUUCAGAUCACUCUUUCAAGUGUAAAGCAACUUACAAUCUCAAAAUGUUUUCCAAAGUUCUUGCUCUUUGUGCUACAUUAGCUGUUGUCCGUGCUGGCAAUUUAAUAGCCGGACAUCAGUUGGCUUACUCAUCCGCUCCAGCCGUGAGCUCGGUCUAUCAGUCAUUACCUGCGAAAACUGUUGCUUACGCUGCACCAGCAAUCCAAACCACAUACUCCGCUCCAGCCAUCCAAACAUACGCCGCUCCAGCAUACCAAACCGCAUACGCUGCACAAGCAAUCAAAACUUAUUCGGCACCAGCAUACCAAACGACAUACGCCGCUCCAGCAAUCCAAACCACAUACUCCGCUCCAGCCAUCCAAACAUACGCCGCUCCAGCAUACCAAACCGCAUACGCUGCACCAGCAAUCAAAACUUAUUCGGCACCAGCAUACCAAACGACAUACGCCGCUCCAGCAAUCAAAACUUAUUCGGCCCCAGCAUACCAAACGACAUACGCAGCACCAGCAAUUAAAACCUAUUCGGCACCAGCAUACCAAACCUAUGCCGCACCAAUUCAACAAACAUAUUCAGCCCCAAUUGCCAAAGUAGCCACUUACUCACCAGCCGUGUACUCAUCAGCACCGGCUGUUAUUUCACAGAAAGCAGCCAUUUCUUACUCAGCUGCACCAGUCGUAUCCCACGUAUCCUUCGAGGGAAUCGGUGCUCACUAUGACUGGUUCGUAGUAUUACUUGCCGUUGCUGCAGUUGCACAUUCCCAAUAUGUUGCUCCAGCCAUCACCACACAAAACCAAAACAUCUACAGAUCAUACGGCAAUCUAGGACAAGUGUCAACAUACUCAAAAUCCAUCGACACCCCAUUUUCAUCGGUCAGCAAAUCUGAUGUACGAGUCAGUAAUCCCGGUUAUGCCGUUUCACCACUUGGCCAUGCAACCUAUGCUGCCCCACUCGCUCAUGCUGCUUAUCCAGCUGCUUACCCAGCUGCCUAUCACGGAUACGCUGCUCCACUUGCUCAUGCUGCCAUUGCUCAUCCAGCUGCUUAUCAUGGAUAUGGAGCACCAGUCGCAAAGGUUGGUGUUGCCCCAGGUCUUUUGGGUGUCGCCUACUCAGCAGCUCCCGCUGUCGCUCAUAUGACAUACUCGAAUGGUUUGGGAAUUAAUUACGCUUGGUAAUUGAU